CGGCUGUUGCGGAUAAAGUUGUUUGAGGCGAGCCGGCUGUGGUCACGUGAGCGGAAGAUGGCGGCCCCGGCGGGCGGCGGGGGCUCCGCGGUGUCGGUGCUGGCCCCAAACGGGCGGCGCCACACGGUGAAGGUGACGCCGAGCACCGUGCUGCUGCAGGUACUAGAAGACACAUGCCGGCGGCAGGACUUCAACCCCAGUGAAUAUGACCUCAAGUUUCAGAGGACUGUGCUCGACCUGUCUCUCCAGUGGAGAUUUGCCAACCUGCCUAACAAUGCCAAGCUGGAGAUGGUGCCGGUGUCCCGUAGCCGUGAGGGGCCUGAGAACACAGUUCGAAUCGCGUUACAGCUGGAUGAUGGCUCCAGGUUGCAGGACGCUUUCUGUUCCCGACAGACGCUCUGGGAGCUUCUCAGCCAUUUUGCACAGACAAGGGAGCGUCUGCAGCAGCUGGGUGCGAGGACCCCUGUCUGCGUAUACAUGAGGGAUGAGGUGACUGGUAGAGCUGCCUUGCAGAACACAACACUUCAGUCACUGGGCCUGACAGGUGGUAGUGCCACCAUCAGGUUUGUCAUAAAGCAGUGUGACACCACCGGCAAACAGGAGUCCAUGGCCAUCAGGAGCAGGGCCCCAGGAAGUCCAGUCUCCUCUGUGUCAGCCGACCAGGCAUCCAGUAGCCCGUUGCUUCCUUUGAACUCGGGGGAGUUCAGCAGGGGAGACCUAAACCAUCAGGGUGAUGCGACUACCUCAGGGACUGGCCUUGAAGGCGGCCCCAAGCCAGUGGAUGCUCAAACGAAGCAAAGCCCGAAGGAGCCUGCAUCUGCCACAUUCGUUCCCUUCUCUGGUGGGGGCCAGCGGCUAGGGGGCCCAUCUGUAUCCUUGAGACCUCUAACAUCACCUUCAGCCAAGUCAUCCAAGUCUUUCUCUGGCCCUGGGGGCCCUUCUAAGCCCAAGAAGUCAAAGCCUGGUGAGGAGCCACAGCAGGAGCCUGAACCGCCUGUUGACCGAGAUCCUGUGGUGUGCCACCCUGACCUAGAGGACUUGCUACAGCCCUGGCCCGCAGAAGUACCUGACGAGUUCUUUGAGGUGACUGUGGAUGAUGUGAGGAGACGCCUGGCCCAGCUCAAGAGUGAGCGGAAGCGUCUGGAAGAAGCCCCCUUAGUGACCAAGGCUUUCAGGGAGGCUCAGAUGAAGGAGAAACUGGAACGUUACCCAAAGGUGGCACUGAGAGUCCUGUUCCCUGACCGUUACAUCCUGCAGGGCUUCUUCCGCCCCAGUGAGACAGUGGGAGAUCUUCGAGACUUUGUUAGGAGCCACCUGGGGAACCCUGAGCUCUCCUUUUACCUAUUCAUCGCUCCACCCAAAAUGGUCCUGGAUGACCACACGCUGACUCUCUUUCAGGCAAACCUCUUCCCCGCUGCGCUUGUGCACUUUGGAGCUGAAGAACCAACAGGUCUCUACUUGGAACCUGGGCUGCUGGAACACACUGUCUCCCCAUCUACGGCAGAUGUGCUGGUGGCCAGGUGUAUGUCCCGGGCCGCCGGGUCCCCACCCCUGCUGCCAGCCCCUGACCCCGUGUCCCUGGAGUCUGAGCCAAUCGCUGAGGAGGGGGCACUGGGGCCCCCAGAGCCCAUCCAGGGGACAGCCCAGCCUGUGAAGAGAAGCCUGGGCAAAGUGCCCAAGUGGCUGAAGCUGCCAGCCAGCAAGAGGUGAGAGCUACCUGCCUGAGACGGCCAUCACCAGCCACAGGACCCCACCCCACCCACCCCGAGCAGGAAUAAAGAGUCGCGCUUCUCUCAAA